AACCUCUCGCUAGAGCAAGUGCUGGUCGAGUGUCAGCACCGAAACAUUUCGUUCGGGCAGCUGCUGGCGCUGCCCGAGCAGGACAGCUGGCGCUACAGUGACGGGCUGUCGCUGUCGUGUGUGGCGUUUGCACUGCGCGUGUGGAAGGUGGCGGGUGUGUUUGGCGCCAUGGGGGAACACAUCAACGUCAGCGAAUUCACUGUCAGUGCCUCUGCUGUGCUCCCAUGCUCCCAUGCCUCCAUGCUGCAAUCCCGCUGUGUGCCGCUUUCCCAUGACCGCAGCCACCCCAUGCCACGUGGCAUCUCUUUGUCCUCCAAGCGGCCCUUGUCUCACCACAACCUCAUCCUGCUUUUAAGUGUGACACCUACCAUCCGCCCUCCCCCCUCCAUCAGAUCCGACACACCUACCAGCUGCAGCUCUUUGCCUCCAACGCCUCCCACCUGCCGUUCUGGUGCUUUUGAGUCGACUCAAAGUCUUCGCUCUCAUGCGGCAUCCUCUAUGCCCAUCCACCAUCCCCGUCUCCCCCAAACCCCCCCCCCUCCUUCCCUCCCCCCCUCCCAUCAGAUCCGAGACGCCUACCAGCUGCAGCUCUUUGCUUCCAACGCCUCCCACCUGCCCUUUUGGUGCUUCAGCCAAGACCAAUCAGAGGAGGAGCAAGAACUUAGAAGAAGGGAGAGCAACGGAGGGAGGAAAGGGGGAAAUAGGGAGCAUGGCAGGGAGCAGGGAGGGGAGGGGGUGGGUGGAGCGCGGGCGUGGUGUCAGCUGCUGGGCAAGUGGCGCUUCGACCUGCCUGGCUUCAACUCCAUCCCUCUCUAUGCUCACAUGAACGAACAAUGCCCCACCCUCCCCCCCACCUACAUGCGGCCAUCCUUCUGCUGA